CGAGCCGAGUGGUUUUGAAUAAAACGACAGAGAGAUUUCGUCGCGCAUCUCGUCACUCGUGUCUCGUGUAAACCGUUUUCUCUUCAGAAAGUUCCCUCUGUCGUCGCGCGCUUGUCGCUCAUCCUUGAUUUCGCGAUCGCGCCUGCAGGAAGAGGAUUGAGAAUAUUGAGAUUCCACGAUAAUUUGCCGGAAUGUCCAGUGAUUAAAGGCGGUAUAUCCGCGAAAUGUUGGACGAACGUGUUAAAAUCGAAAUCGUACGCUAUCGAUUGAGAGUCUGAUUGGUUAAGCCAGUGCUUUAAUGCAAGUAUGGCCGCCCUGCCGUCACCUACGCAGGUGGCUGGAAGCCAUACCGCGAUAUAUGAAGCUUAUUACAAUCAGGUCGAUCCAAACGGAUAUGGACGGAUCGAGGCGAUGGACGCUGCGAGAUUUCUCAAAAAGUCCCAGCUGAGCGACGUUAUUUUGAGUAAAAUAUGGGAUAUGGCUGAUCCGCAGUCGCGGGGCUUCUUAGAUAAGUCUGGCAUGUUUGUCGCGCUCAAGUUGUGCGCGUUAGCCCAGACGGGGAAGGAUUUGAAUAUGUCUAAUUUAAGCCUCGGCGUGUCACCACCGAAAAUGGGAGACAUCACGGUCGUUCCGCAGAAAACUAUCGCCAAUGCUCUGCCUGUAAUAACAUCCGUCAAUAAUGGAGAUUGGUCAAUUAAUCCUACAGAACGGGCGAAAUAUGAUCAGCUUUUUGAUAGCUUACAGCCAUCCAAUGGUUAUAUAUCUGGAAAUAAAGUGAAGGGUGUUCUUAUGGACAGUAAACUUGAUAUGGACACUCUUGGCAAGAUUUGGGACUUGGCGGACAUGGACAAGGAUGGUAUGCUGGAUAGACAUGAAUUUGUAGUUGCUAUGCAUCUUGUGUAUAAAGCAUUGGAAAAAUAUGCGAUACCAAGUGUACUUCCACCAGAAUUAAUGCCACCUGGGAAAAGGAAAGACAUUAUUAUCCCCAAGGCUAAGUCUCCUACGCCAAUGAGCAUAGCGAUUGCCGCCGCGUCACCGUCACCGCAACCACCGCCGAUUCCACCCUUACCCAAUACUACGGCUGUAAAGAGCUUGUCCGGGUUAGACGUCGUAAAAGCAAGCGCGCAACAAUGGGUAGUUUCGGCCGAGGAUCAAGUAGCUGCGGAAAAAUUAUUUUUACAAGCCGACAUGGAUAGGGACGGAUUUGUCUCUGGUACAGAGAUCAAAGACGUCUUCCUACAAAGUGGACUUAAACAUCCCGUGUUAGCGCAUAUAUGGAGUUUAUGUGACAUUUGUCAAAGUGGAAAACUGAAUAAGGAACAAUUUGCCAUAGCUUUGUGGCUUAUCAAGCAAAAACUUAAUGGCAUAGAUCCUCCGGCGAGUUUAACUCCCGAAAUGAUACCACCUUCUAUACGGAAAGCUGGGGAAACUAUAGUGGAAAACAAUAACAUAUCAGGCUAUUCGAAUCCGGAAUUGGAUAUGAUAAGUAAAGACAUAGCGGAACUCGUGCGUGAAAGACAAAGCAUGGAGCAGGAUAUAGCGCAAAAGGAAGCCGACAUUAAGAUAAAGAACGGGGAGAUUAAGAGUCUUCAAAGCGAAUUGGACACGCUUGCGGCAACCCUGAAGCAACUUGGAAAUCAGAAGGGUGAGGCGCAGAAGAGAUUGAACGAUUUGAAAGCGCAGAAGACCGAAGUAGAUAGAGAUUUGAGUGAGGUCGAAGAGAAGAUUCAGAGGGAACUGAAGAAGGUCGAUAAGCUCCGUCAACAAGCUGAGGAACAAGAAUCGGUGCUGCGGGGUCAGGAAGAAGAGCUAAACUUCAAGAGGCAAGAGCUCGAAGGGCUGCGGCAAGAGGAGCAGCAAUUAGAGCAGCAACAGAACAAAAACAGGGACCAAUUAAAUGAGCUGACGAAAAAGUUGCAAGAUACUCAGUUAGAGAUUUGUCAAGCAAAGGCAAAGAUCACUCAUUUACAGGAACAACAGCGUCAGAUGAGCGAUGCCAUUGCGCUUUAUGACUCUGCACUCGCUGCGGGAGACGUCAAUCUUGUACCUGAUACUAGUCUACAAUUUAUACCCGAGAUCGAAGAUUUGGAAUACGAAACGACAACUAAGAAUACGGGUGAGACGAAUGAAAUAAAAGCAGAUGCAAUCGGGACUGGCGCUUUAAACGGAUUUGGAGACCAAGAUCCUUUCGCAUCGAAUAAAGCCAAAGAAGCAUUUAGCGCAACGAUGUCGGAUCCGUUCGGAAGCGCGUUUCCCACGCAACAAUCUAACAAUGGUUUUGCGGCAGAUCCUUUUACCACGUUCGAUAAUACUAACGUAGCGGCAAAGCAAGAUCCUUUCGAUCCAUUUGGUAAUGGAAAGCGAGCUGAGAAUAAAUCACCCGCAGCUACGUCGAACACGAAGGAUCCAUUUGGAGAGGAUCCCUUUGCCAAUCUUCAUGCGCCUCCUCGUCCCGAGAGCCCCAGUCCUGCUCUUCCACCAAAGAAAGCGAAGCAACCACCGCCACGACCGGCUCCGCCACGACCGAGUCAAGGUCCUACUACUGGUCCAAUGAGAGCGGCACCCGCACCCCCAACGCCUUCACCCACUCCAGAUCCAUUUGCGAACGCAAAUUCAGAUCCAUUUGGCGCUCAGCAAACAACAAUCGAUAACAAUAAUAGUUUCGCAUCUUCCGGAUUCGCCGACUUUGCCAAUUUUGAUUCCAAGCCAGAACCAACGGCUAAUCGAACGGCUCCACCAAGAGCGACGAGUAAAACCACCCACGUAGCGGCGAUGGCGCAACCGAAGCUGUCGGACUUUACGGAGGAUCCCUUUCGAGAUUAUCGUUACGAAGACCCUUUCAACAUAACGGACCCGUUCGCCGACGAGGCGGAGGACCUGAACGCGAACAAGAGGAGCAGCAGCAGCAGUAGGGGGACGGAGAAGACUGAUCCUUUCGGCUUCGAGACGCGAUCCGCGUUCUCGAGUAAAAACACUUUGGCUAAAGUUUUCGACAAUGAUUUCUCAAGUACCUUCCCGCUCGCUAAAGCGAAAGCCGAGAGGAACAGUACGAGUGACACGAGCACGAGCAGCGCGAGCAAGUUCGACGUCGAUUUUGGGAAAGCCUUUUCCGCCGAUAACAAAAACGUUCGAGACAUCGAGGCUGAUUUUUCUCAAGCGUUCGCCAACGUCAAGGCGAAAACGAUCAAUCUCGACGAAGCGUUCGCGAGUAAAGACGCGAAGGCCGUCGCGAGGCAGCACGAAUCAGAUGUAGCGCACGCUUUUAAGUCCAAUGUCAUUUAUAACGAUGAGAAACUCGCCGACAGCUUCGGCAAGAUGUGGAACGGUAAUAACAUAACGAAUUUAUCGGAGGACGAGCAACUUGCGUGGGCAGAAAAGCAAAGUAUAAAAGCGGAAGAAGAGCGGCUCAGGCGUAAGGAGAAGGAAGACGCCGAACUAGCUCUCGCUCUCGAAUUGAGUAAACGGGGAAAGUCGGGAAACGUUUAAACCUCGAUCGGUGACGCUACUACUUCCUUUCGUUGAUUAUCGUACCGUAAACCUGUUAAAUUGCAUGAGAAAGUUUCGCGUCUCAUAAUAAUGGUAUUGUUACGCAAGCUUGCAUUGUUACGCAUUAGCAUCACGUAUAGAAGCGAAAUGUAGACAGAUUUAUCAGGUUUAUCAGAUUUAUCAGAUUUAUCAGAUUGACAAUAACGGGUCGGUCGGGUAUUAACACAGAUAUUAAGAGUACCCUGAAAGAAAGAGAAAAAUUAUUAAUUAUUAUGGAUGUUAUUACACACAGACGAUAUUUUCGGUUGAGCGUAAAACCUUAUCGAAAUUUCAUAUAUAUCUCAGUGUUUUCAAAUGAUUCAGCUAUUUGCAAGAAUUCACAAAAAGAGAGUUAUUUUUUUUUAUCUUUUCGUAUCUUACUUUUGUAUCUUUUUUUCUCUUGAUGACCCACUAUUCGCGAACGCUAUCCGAUCCGAGAGUGUUACGCGGCUAUUCUGAGUUACAACUAUAAAUAUAUACUUGAAUGAUAAUAAAUAAAAAUAAUAUAUGAAAAGUUCAUGUUGUAAAAGAGUUAUUCGAUCGAAGCACGGUAACACAGUAUCGUUAAAUGCAUCGUUAUCAAUAUGUAAACGCCUAUAUAGUAAUCGAAUAUUACGAGAUUUCAACGACAUUCGUCGCUGAUCGCUCAGCAGCAUAUAAGAAGAUCUAAGUCACUUUUCACGCCAGCCUUUAACGUAAACUUGAUGUAAAAGAGAGUGGGAGGGGGGGGGGAGAGAGAGAGAUGAGCACGCAUUUAACGGUGAGCGAGGUAUUGAAAUAAUUUCGGCGACAAUGCCGUCUAAUUCAGUUUUAGAACAAGUUCCAAAGAAUGUAGCGUUUCGAAGAAGGCGGGCAUAUCUUUACGCUUGGUGAAAACGGGCUCUCUAUAAUACGUCCGACGAAUAGGACUCGGAAGACCAAGCGUAAAGGAUCACGUCCAUCUCGACUACAAUGUAAUAUCAUAUAAUUUCGACAACAACGUUAUACAUGUAUCUCAUACGAUGUAUAUAUUAAUAUUAUGAGAUAUAUAUUAAGUCACAAUAAUUCUCAUUGCGUAAGUUUUUAUUAUCACGUCGUAAUUGUUUAGUUGUAAGUUUAUAGUACACAUACAUUGUAUGCGGAGAGACGCUAUAUAAUAUAUCAUCAGUAAUAUCAGUGCGAGCAGAAGCUUGUGUCGAUAUACCUACAUAUAUUCGUGUCACAAUUCAGUGUAUCUUUAUUUAGUUUGACUCGCGUCUAUUAUGUAUAAUUUUGAUUUCAUCUCGCCUUUAGACGUUUAAUGUGUAUGUAUGUGUGUACGCGAGUAUGUGUACGUACUGUAGGUAUGCGUUGAGAAAAUUCCACCAAAAUAAAUGUACGAUACGAUCGAAAUGUCUAUCGCUUGGUUUAUACGCACAAACACUAUAGUGGACUAGUUUGGCUUUGACCGAUAAAUUAAGUGGGGAAGUUUCCGAUUUUCUCGACUCUGGCUGAAUGUUCUCGAUAUCUCUCGUAUGUUUUAUUCGGUGUUGGACACUUUCGUCCAACAUCACGAUGACGGGCAGAUGAGUUUUGUCACGCCGACAAAGAAAGAUCUAUCGACGGGAGAUCUUUUAAUAAGAAUCCAAUUGCCGACGUACAGUCAAGAUGAUAUAAAGGAGAUAUGAUACGAUAUGAUAUACAAACGUAGCGCAUAAUUUUGCACGACGUUCCCAUAUUCGUUAUUUAGAUCGAAGACUCGCCCACGAUAUUAUAUAUCGCUCGCAUUAUAUAUCUAUAUCACAUAUCGUAAGUAUGCAGAUUGCGUAUGUAACAAACGCGAGGUAGAAAGCAGAUCCGAGAUCGUCGAUUUGUUUUUUAGGGAAGCGUGCGAGAAACGGUACUGAAGAGUCUUGAACAAUUCGUUAUAAUUGUACGUGUCUCAUUGAAUAUGAUCGGUCGUAUUAGGGAAGGAGAGUGAAUCGAUUGAAAACGAUCAAAAUAUCAAGUUUUAUUUUAUUUUAUUCUUGCGAAAAAAUAUAUCAUACCGUUUUUUCCUGCACGCUUGGAUUUAUAAAAUUCUUAUUUUUGAAUGGGUGUGGAUGCGGGUGUGUAAAUAGCUAAAAAAGAGAGGUUGAACAUACAUUCUUUUGCGGUUUAAAUGGUUGCAAGCGAACGGAAGUUCCCAAUUCUACAAUUAUUAAACUCUGUUAUAUAUUCA